AUGAUACGCCCGAGGUUAAGGAUACCGCUGCGGCCGCGUCUCGUUGCGGCGCCGGCGCAGGCGUCGUCUUUUCUGCCGAUGGCCUGCUGCCGGGCACGCUCGCUGCACGCACUCGCUCCCCUCGACUACAACAUGAAAAACGAGGCGUCACAACACGGCAUUGCUGACUUUUUGUCGCCCACCGCUUUCAACAUCGCUUGGACCCAGUACCAGACACACCUCCUCGACAAGCUCAAUGCCUUGACAGCAGAAACCGAGUGGGAAUCCCGGCACGUCAAGGACAUCGUCCUCGGCACCGCCCGCGAUCCGAACCACGCGCCGACAUUCAACUACGCAAGCAUGAUCCACAACAACCACUUCUUCUUCAAGCACCUCUCGCCCAAACCCGUCAAGAUGCCCGAAGUCCUGCGCGGCCACCUCGAGAAGUCGUUCGGCUCCAUCGAGACGCUCCGCCGGGAGAUGAUCUUCACCGCCGCCAGCAUGUUCGGCCCGGGCUUCGUCUGGCUGGUCAAGACGUCGCAGCCCGGCCUGCCCGUCGCCUUCAGGGUGCUGGCCACCUACGCCGCCGGCUCGCCCUACCCGGCCGCCCACUGGCGUCGCCAGAGCGUCGACAUGAACACCGCCGUCGGCGCCACCACCGACGCCGGCAUCGAGGCCGGCAAGACCUAUCUGGAGAACACGGCCUACGGCGCCGGCAAGAAGAUCGGCAACCCGGCCACCGAGCGCCUCAAUUUCGCGCCCGGCGGCACCGACCUGGUGCCCGUGCUGUGCCUCAACACGUGGGAGCACGUGUGGUUGUGGGACUACGGCUUCGGCGCGGGGCAGGCCGGCGGCGGCAAGCUGGAGUAUGCGGAGAGGUGGUGGAACCUGAUCGAUUGGGAGCGCGUGCAGAAGGAGGCCGACAUCCAGCGGCUGGAGAUGUCGUCCAACACGAGCACGCCGGUAUCGAGUCUCGCGGCGGCGGGGGCAGCGUGA